AUGGGAGUGCACGCCGACUUGUACGGCUUCCACGGGGGCUUUGCGCAUAACUACAUCGGCUAUUUGGUGCCCAACCAGUACGGACGCGUGCUGGCGGCCGUGGAGCUCACCGGCUUCGCUGCGGCGAACGUGACAACGCUGGCCCUCAAGGAUGUGUCGUACUCGCUGCAGCAGUUCAAGGGCGGCAUCCAGCACGGCAUUUACGGCUUCCUGGCGCCUUACCAGAAUGACAUGGCCUACAGUCUCACGGAAGUGGUGCGCUUUGAGCUGGCUUCCUUGACUACGGGUUCGGUGUCUACGAUGGAUCUAGCCACCGUUGACGCCACCCUGGGCGGCUUCUCCGGCAUCUUCACAGACGGCACCUACGGCUACCUCUUUGGAGGCAGCAGUUACAAGUUGGUGCGCUUCCUCUUGAGCGACUUCACGACGUCCACCGUCUCAGUGCUGGAGCACAACUCGGUGAACAUCAUCGGAGGCGCCGCCUUGACGAGCAACGGGUACCUGGCCUCCGAUAGCGAGGGCCCGGUUCAAAGCUUCGACCUCGCCACCUUCGCCUUCACCACGAGCGUCCAGGUGGCUUCCCAGGUCUCCAGCUGGCUCUCCAUGGUGGAGAGCAGCAAUCGACUCUUUCUGCUGCCUCUGUACAACGGUAGCGCGAUCAAGCAAUACUGCGAGGCCAGCGGUGCGGCGAGCUGUGACGGCCAGGUGAACCAACGGUCGGUGAGCACUUCCGACUUCUACUUCGACUAUUUUCAGGCAGUGGUUUCAGACGGCGACGGCAACGCCUACACGCUGCCCCAGAGCAACGGCUACGUCUGGCGGAUAGACAUGAGCAGCAUGACCCCAACAAACGGGUACUUGUCCUACGCCACCAUGGGCCCCUACAAUGCAGGCUGGGUGUUUGGCGACUGGGUCAUUGCAACGUCCUACUCGAGUAUGGACGGGUACCUGGUCCGGUUUGACAAGGCGACCCUGAGCUCAGAUAUCUCGGACGCGAUCAACCUCUACAACACCGACUCCCGCCUCGCCUACUUGUGGGGUGGCUUCUCCGAUCGGAACUACACCUAUGCCGAGCCUCGGAGUGUGAUCAAGCUAUGGAUUUACUGCUUGCAGAUCCUGGGCCAUUUGGCCAAGCCCAGAAGAAAAAUGCAGAAGACCAAGAAGCCUUGCUACCCAAUGGUGCCAGGCUUCUACGGAGUGGUGGCCCGCGUGGAUAUGACCAGCGUCGAGGUGAAAGUCCUGGACCUCACCCUCAUCAACUCGGCGCGCUUCCGGGGGGCCUCCGGGGGGUCGGAGAAGCGAAAGGGCGUGGCGGUUUGUGGGGGUCAGGCGUACACGGAAUUCCGCGGGGGGUUCCAAGAUGGCAUUUGGGGCUACUUGGUGCCCAAUUCGAACGUCGUGGUCCGCUUCAACCUUGACGACUUCUCGACGGUAGAGACCUUGGACCUGUCCUUCGACGGGAUCCUCCAAAGCUUCAUCGAGGGCUUCGAUGCCUUCGGCACAUACGGCUUCCUGGUGCCGUCGUCCUACAAGGUUGCCCGCUUCUCACUGAGUACCUUCGACCAGGCUUCGGUCACAAGCGCCGACCUCAGCACCUAUGAUACAACCUUUGUGGCCGGGGUGAUGCGUGUGCGCACGGGCUACAUUUUGGGCUCCAGCGGGGUCUUGGUGCUGCUGGACCUUGCGACCAUGGGCACCAGCUCGAUCAGCUUGGCCGCAACCACGGGGUGGUACGAUGUCUUUCUGGGCCCCAGCGGCUCCGUGGUGGGGGCCACAAACAUGGACUACAAGUCCUACUACGAAGUUUGCCAGGAGACUGGGUGCCUUUCGUGCCCAUCGAGCGGAACGUCUGCUCCAGCGUGGUGGACAAGUACACCUCCAUGGCGGCCGAGAGCGAUGCGAACUUCAUGUCUUUCAUGGGGACGGUCACGGAUCAUAUCUACGCCUACCUGA